AUGGCUCCUACGACUCCCAAAACGAACUUCAGGACUUUCGACGUCCAAGCUCGCCUCCUCAGGGCCAUUGUUGCCGCCCAUCCUGAGGUGAAGUGGAACUACAAGGACAUCGUCAAGUCUUAUGGUUCUGACUUGAACGAGACCAAGCUGGGCCACCGAAUGCGCCACCUCAAGACGCAGGCCGAGAUUAUCAGACGCGGCUUGAAGGAAGGUCACGAUCCCAAGGAUAUGCCUACCGAAGCCAACUUUCCGAAGGAUCAAAAUAAAAUUGACCCAAAUAUUUGCAAGUACUUCGGAGAGUCCACUCCUGAUGGUAUCCAGUUUCAGUUUAGGACGAUCAAGAAGGAUGCGGCCACGCUUCGAGCUGCCGCGGAGAGUGGAAAAGACCCGACGACUGCUCUCAGCAUGAACCCGUCAACGCCAUCGUCCCGAGCUUCGGCGAAGUCGACCCCCACGACGGGUCGCUCCCGUGCCACUCCCAAGUCUACUUCGCGCAAGAAGAUUGUUUCGACUCCCUUGAAACGUGAGUUCAGCGAUUCUGAAGAGGAGGAUUCGGAAGAGGUUGAUUAUAAGGCUCGCGACCUCACCCCGACGCCCACCGCUCGUCCGGCCCCCAAGAGGCAGAAGUCGGGAUCUGCGACUUUCGACAUGACGUCGGAGAGCUCGGAGAGUGUCUUCACCCCAGCUAGCCAGUCCUUCCCUGCCGGCUCUGACGUCGAUACUAAGGCCACUCUGUCUCAGUCCUUCUACGAGACGGACAGUUUCGAGAGUGGAAACUCUAUGAACUCGACACUUCUAGCUCCAGAGGAUGUGCACAAGUACCACCAGGACCUCUGCAACUUUGAGAUUUAA